AUGGGAAGAAGCAUGCCUCUGUUUGUGUCACAAUGCAUACUGCUGUGUGCGCUGAUGGGUGGGACAGUGUGUGCCUGCAUGUUGAAGAAUCACACCUUGUGGAUUGAGAGGCACGACUGUGCCCAGUGUGUGGCAAUCAACACGACCAUCUGCAGUGGCUACUGUUACACACAGGACACCAAUUUUAAGGGCCGCUUUGGGAGGACUUUUCUGAUCCAGCGUAGCUGUGUGCCUCUCUCCCUUGUGUACCGACCGGCCUGUUUUCCCGGCUGCUCUAAGGAUGCAGCCCCACAGGUGUAUUAUCCCGUGGCCCGCUGCUGUAGCUGUAAGCGCUGUGACACACGCACACACAACUGUGUCCGCACCAGCCAAAACUCUUACGACCAGUGCCCCAAGACGCAUGGGAGCGUGAAGUACCAGAACCAGUCCGCCUCUGAAAUGUCACAAGACAUGUACACACAUUGCAAAUGA